AUGUCAUCUACAGAGCCCGAAACCAAGACAGGGACGAUGCCCAGGGAGGUGGACCACGAAGCAGAGACGUCAUACGUUCGCAAGGUGGACUUCGUUCUGCUGCCAUUACUUUGUUUGAGCAACUUGGCGAAUGCCAAAACCGACGGACUGGAGCAGGACCUUCACUUCCAAGGCAAUGACUACUCACUGAUUGUCUUGCUCUUCUACAUCCCGUUUGGGCUCUGCGAUCUGCCCUGGAACCUGUUGCUCAAGCGAUACUCCGGGCGCAUCAUGUUGUCUUUCAUGACGGUUGUUUGGGGAAUCUUGGCCCUGUGCCAAUGCGCGGCGAAGAGCUUUGGUGGUAUGCUGGCCAUCCGGAUCAUUUUAGGAGUUUUCGAAGCAGGCUUCUUCGCUGGCGCCACCUUCUACUUCACCUUGUUCUAUACUCGUGGGGAGAUGGGCUUUCGACUGGCAAUUAUGCAGUCGUUUGCUGUCCUGGCCUCCGCUUUCAGCGGGUUGAUCUCCUUUGGUGUCUUCCAAAUAAACGAGCCUGCUGUGAAAGGGUGGCAGUGGUUGUUUAUCAUUGAGGGGGCCAUGACACUCGUCUGCGGAGUGGUCGGCUUCUGGUGGCUCCCAGACGGUCCAUCCACUGCAUGGUUCCUCACGGAGCGCGAGCGAGCAGCGGCCACGGCACGGCUGCUGCGCGAUACUUCAUCCGAAGUGGACACAGGGUUGAACAUAAAGGAGUGUUUCCAGACCUGGAAUGAUUGGAAAUUCCCGGUCUGGUGUCUGAUCACGUUCACCUAUCCUGUGGCGUACGCCACCGCCAUGAACUUCUUUCCAUUGAUCGUCCAGCGAUUGGGCUACUCGGCCGUCAAAACGAACCUGUGGACGGUGGCUCCGAACAUGGUUGGCGCAGUGGUGCUGCUUGCAGUGGCCAAGUCUUCCGACUACUUUCGCGAGAGAACCUUCCACAUUAUCCUUUCCUUAACGCUCUCCCUGAACUCGCGGGCGGCGAAUACGGGCUUCUUCGUUGGAUUGGGCAACUUGGCGGGCAUUAUGAGUGCCGCGACGUUUCGCACGGAAUAUGCGCCCCAGUACAUUCCGACCUUGGUGGCUACCUGCUGCUGUAACGGAGUAUGCAUUGUAUUUACAUUCGGACUGGGGCUGUGGAUGCGCGGGGAGAACCGCCGACGCGAUCGAGAACAGGGGGUGAGAUUGUGCGGCGAGGAGGUCGACACGCGAUAUCUGGUCGGACAAAGGGCCGCAUAUUUAUUUUGUCCAACCGGUCGCUCCGACGUGAGGGGACGUUUGCAUCCCACUCUCCCACUCCUCGAGAUGAAGAAUCACGUUUGCCAGUGGACCAACUGCCGCAAGAGCUUCACACGGGCGGAGCAUUUGCGUCGACAUAGUUUGAACCAUGAGAAGUCGCGCGAUGGAUAUACAUGCGAACGUUGCUUUGUCCAUUUCAAUCGACCCGACCUGCUUUACGAAGAAGCCGGGGGUCCUGGGAUGGGAGUGCUUGAAACACGCAAGAGGACUCGUCGGGCUGGAGAUGGAACCAUCAUUACUCGACCACGCAAGCGACAGUCCCAACCACAUUGCUCGGAAUCCACGACGGCGUCGUCCGUGUCGGUGACGAGCGGGCCAGAUCUGGCCCAGAUCACCCUCGAUCUGGACGGACAGACACCGCAUGGAGCCCCUGUAUCGCCUCCAGGGUCCGCCAGCGACCCACCGUCGCUGUGUUUCGACGAUCACGACCCUCUCUUGGCUCCCAUGAUGCCGGGGGGCGCAUUCGAGCCGUUUGUGGAGCCCAUCCCGGGGCAAUUUGAUGCAGCCGACGGCGCGUGGAGUGUUGGGUUGGACGGGACGAGCGAUUUCUUCAGCGUGGAUACAGCGACGGAUUUCAACAUGCCCUUCGCGGCGACCCAUAACUACAAUUGGCUAUUUGACGUGACGUCGCUCGACGACGCGUUUCACCACCUUGACCUGCCGCUCGGAUCGGACAUGAUGGCCUUCGGGGACGGGUUCGACACUGGUCGCAGUCCGAUGCUGCCAGUGGCUGGACGGGUGUCCGACUAUGAUCGCAACGACCGGGAUUCGUCGUCCAUGCUUCUCGAGGCGGCGUCUUUCAUCGAUCGGGGGGCAUCACAGGGAAAGCUUUCUCUGCAAGAUAGCGGCGACCUCCCUGACUUGGUCGAGCUGGACUGGAUGUCGGGACCAUCAACGUUUGACAACAACACCUCACUAUAUCUUCCUCGACUGAGCGAAGACACACGGCAGGGAGUGUUGAAGUUGAUUGCACAGUCACCACCACUGGGAGCGACGGGCCAUAUCACGGCAGUUGACUCGCCGCUCCUGUCGCUCACGGCGUUGCAGAGCUACAGUGAUCUGUUCUUUACCCGCUUUAACACUACGUAUCCUCUCAUCCAUCAGCCGACAUUCAUGGCUGCCCAUGCGGAUCCCAUCAUACUGGCGGCUAUACUAUCUAUGGGAGCGACGUAUGGCACGCGCGAGGCACAUCAAUUAGCGGUGGGGAUCCACGACAACCUCCGCAAUCACCUCUUUUGCCACGCCGACUUCUCCCCGCAGCCACCGCUCUGGGUCCUGCAGUCGAUGCUGCUAGUCGACUGCUUUGGAAAGAUGCGGGCGGGCCCCAAACAGCGCGAACGAGCACAGCUUUUCCACUGCGUGCUCAUCAAAUUGAUCCGACGGAGCGACUGCUGUGGCAUUCGCGCCAACUCGGCGACAGCACCGCCACUAGACAGCCUGGACGGACAAUGGCGACGUGCCAUGGAUGCCGAGCAGCGGAAGCGGCUGGCGAUGCAUUGUUUUAUGUGGGAUACGCAGCACGCCGUGCUCUUCUCCCAAUCCCUCUGCAUGUCGGCCUUUGAAAUCCGAUCUUCACUACCGUGUGGGGCCAACGCCUGGGAGGCAUCCAGUGCCGAGGAAUGGGCACGGCAUGCUUCGCGAGAGGCCGACCAUCUCUUCCUCUCUGUGCUCAAAGGCUACAUCACCCCCGGGACCAUCUCGCGACCGCGGGAUCUCAACGCCCUAGCACGCAUCGUGGUACUGCAUGGGCUGAUGUCCGUUUCCGCCGAUCUAAAAAGACGUGACCAGACGACGCUUCAGUCCGAGACCCCCGAGCGGGUUGGGGCGUGGACGCUGCGCAUGGGCCGGUCCUACGACUUGUGGAAAGUGGAUUUCGACGCCGACUGCCUCGCUAUGAAACUCGGCCAGCCUGCGGAUCCGCGCCGCUUCACCGGGCUGAAAACCUCCGCAUACGCGCUCUUUCGCGCGGCUCAUUUGGCGUUGAACGUCGAAAUCCUUGACCUGCAGAUCGCCGCGGGGGCAUCACAGAUCCUCGGGCGCGCCGUCACGGCCGACGACCGCGAGCGAUCGCGCCGCAAUCUGCCUCGGUGGCUGCAGAGCGAUCCAGCGAUUGUGGCCACGCGGCACGCUGCAACGCUCUUGCAGGAAGCCGUUCUGAGUCUCCACGACUGGGACCAGACGGACGCGUUCCACUUCCCGUGGUGUCUGUAUCUGGCGACGCUGGCGUGCUGGGCAUUUCACCGUGGGCUAGACCGGUGCCCGCCGCAGGGCCGUCUCACGACGGAUUUGUCGUCACUUAUCGUGGCUAUGACGACGUGUUCUACGUUGGCGGAGCUGGGUGGCCUGGGCGGCAAGUACGAUCCAACGCCGUUGGUGGUGGCGAUGGCGCAGCAGUUGGCGACGGUGCGGUGGGCAGUAGUCCAUGAUGCAAUGAAGGUGUUGGUGAAUUUGUCUACUUAG